CGAGGGAGUGGUUUGUUUCCAGUGCGCAGGAAUCCGUCGAUCUAAUUUUGCCGAAAGUCUGGGAAUAUGUGGAUUUUACAGAUUUUCUCUGCUGGUUUUUAAUGAGAGUUUUUCUUUUUUUCUUUUGAAAACGCACACUGGGUUUGUGUGGUGGGACAUCCAGGAGCUCCUUCUGUGCGUUUCAAGGCGCUGGAAUUUCCAAAACACUGCAUUUUCGGGGAAAGAAAAAAGGACCAGGGGAGAAAAAAAAAACCUACUGAAUUUCGGAAAAACAUGGAGACAAGGAGGGGACUGGAAUGACUAAAGCCAAGUUUACGGAUUAGGAAUAACACGGAACUGGUUUGGAUGUGAUGUUUCGAUUUUAAAGUAAGUUUAUUUUUCUUUUUAAACGGUGUCUAUUUUUUUUCCAUCCCCCACAAACACAAAGUCUUUUUUUCCUGCUGGAUUUCUGAAUGACUCCUCCAAAGUCGCCCUGUUUGACACCAAAGCAUCGAAAAGUGUUGGAAAAUGUCGGAAAACGUCCGGAUUUGAAGUCGCUCGAGACGGAAUUGUCGUGAAGCCGUCGGCACAGCGGAUGUUUUGAGCUCUCAGAUUACUGUAUCAUCAUCAUCAUCAUCAUACAACUACAAGGGAACAAAACAAACCAGAUAACAUUCCGUCUGUCUGAAGGAGAAAAAGUGCCAUGCUGUUCGGCUAGAAACCAAGCAGAGGCCUUUAUCAACUUUAUCGCCUCGGUCUUUCCUCCUAAAUGAAAGGUUUAAUUCGGAUGACACCGUACUUUUUCUUUUCCCACCGUUCACGUUGUUUGGAACCGGACGGCGACAUUACAGAGGAAUAAACACCCUACAGACGAGCCUACCGUUUCCAAACCGGAUUGUUUUUGCCAUCUGGACACUUUUUUAAACCCCCAGAUGAGUGUUUUUUCUUGCUGGGAGUCGACCCUGGCUCAGGGACUCAGGCAAACAAGACAAGACUAUGGUCCAUUUGUGGCUAAACAUUCAUAAUUUCGUCACAUUUCCACCCAGUUUAGUGCAGCUAAAGCUUCUGGAUGCUUUCCGGCUCGUAUUUCGUAUCGUUUUUGCAAUUUAAGUGCAAAUGAGUUAAGUACACACUCCUCCACUAGUGCUAGCCGACCACAGAGUCGCCUCAUGUCAACUUGUUCCACAGUUAGCUUAGCCGCGACUUUUUCCAUCGUUCGCCGCUCUUGAGAGACUUUUUGUCGUCUUUUGGAUAAUAAAUAACCUUCAAAGUUCAUCUUUUGGAGCACACACGAGUGUUUUACCUUGGUAAAAUGCUAGUUGGAUAAAAACUGAAGGGAAAAAAGCAAGAAACGGAAGCCCAAUGAGCGGCUCACAGUCCACGAUAGCUGACAGGUUUCCCAAAAAACCAACCAGACCAGGAAGUAUUCUCAACAAGGACCACCCCCCAGACAAGAAGCCCAAGAGUGAGAAGGUGUCAGUGCUUCCUACACAUGACUUUGACCCCACAGGACUUGUUCAGCGGUGUGUGAUCAUCCAGAAAGAUAAGAAUGGCUUCGGGUUGACCGUGAGCGGAGAUAACCCAGUAUUUGUCCAGCUGGUGAAAGAAGAUGGAGCUGCUAUGCGAGCUGGUGUUCAGACGGGUGAUAGAAUUAUUAAGGUCAACGGGACGUUAGUAACGCAUUCCAAUCAUGUCGAAGUCGUGAAGUUAAUAAAAUCGGGUUCAUACGUGGCUCUGACGGUGCUGGGGAGACCCCCGGGCCUGCCGCAGAUCCCCUUAUCAGAGGGAGAGGGAGAUGGAAACCCUGUCUCGUCCCUCAGCUCCCCUCACUCCCCCGGCCUAACUAUAGCCGAGCGCUCAUCCUCUUCCUCAACCUCUCCCUCCGACUGCAUCACCUCCCCACUGCCUGCAUGGGAGGACAGCGGCGCGGUGUUUAAUCGGAAAGUCGACGUCCUGCAGAAGAUGCUGAUGAAGGAGCAGCAAGACCUGCAGGCUAUGAAGGAGGAGUACAACAGAAACCCUACAGCGAGACUACUGAAGGACAUCCAGGAAGCCCAGAAGCACAUUCCUCUGCUUCAAGGCCAGCUCAGUAAAGCCACUACGGCUGGACAGGAUGGCUUGCUUUCUCCAAGACUGGGAGAAGGAGACGCAGAGGAAGGAGGAGGGUUAGGAGACGUAGAUGCGUCUCCGUCCUGGCAGUCUGACUCCGAGUCACCCAUGAACAGCAACUCGACACCGGUCACGCCCAGUAUGAUCCCAGAAAGCCUGUACCAAAGAGACACGCCAUGCCACAGCCCAAAGUCAACGCCGCGCAUCAGCCUCAACUCGUGCCCGUCUCCCGAUGGCGAGGACGUGGUCGACCUGGACUCGAACUACCAGUGCAGCGUGGGAAGCCCGUCGUCCCGUCUGCCGCCUCCCAUCAUAGGAGCUGAGGACGACGACUUCAACACGGAGCAGGAGCAGAUGAACGGCCAGUGUAGCUGUUUUCAGACCAUCGAGCUGCUGAAGUCUCGGCCUGCUCACCUCGCAGCCUUCCUGCAUCACGUGGUCUCUCAGUUUGACCCUGCACCUCUGCUGUGCUACCUCUACGCUGAGCUCUACAAGCAGAGCAACCCCAAAGACACACGGCGGAUAUUCGGGGAGCUCCAUUCCACGUUCAUGGACCGAUCAGCGCAACUGAAAGUAGUGGCGCCAGACUCGAUCUUGGCUGACAUGGAUCGAUGGAAGCCUGACUUAAUUCCAGAGGACGUUCAAAGACAGCAUGUGCAGCAGCUACAGGACACACUCCUACCGGACAUCCAGAAACACCUGGAAGACUUCAGGCAGAAGCGCAGUAUGGGCCUGACUCUAGCCGAAGCUGAGCUUAACCGACUCGAUGUGCGCGUACGAGACCGUGUGGCCCUGGAGAGAGAGCGCUCGUGCUCGGAGCAUAUCAUCUCCAAGAUCAAUGAAGUCUUGUUGACGCCAUCAGCCACAGAGGAGGAGAAGUGUACCGCCAUGCAGUUCGUCAUCCAGGCCUAUAUGAAGCACCUUGGGGUGAAGGUGAAGGAAUCUCGGGGGUUUGAGCCCAAACCCAAGCUAAUAAACCUUCUCCCGAAAAUCAAAAAGACUAUAAAACCAGAGAAGGAUGGAGGUGUGGAAGAGAAGCUGAAAAAGUCCCGCUUCCAGAUAAUGCGCAGCCAUAACAAGAGGCCCAGCCGAACCGACAUCUCCUCAAUUACCAAGGCUCUAGAGCAGAAUAAGCAGCGGACGCAAAAGCAGCACUCGCUGAGCUCUGUCGGGCCGACCGAUCAGGCUGAAACACCCGCAGCAGGCCGAGCACGGAGCAGCCAGUCUAGCGAAGGGCCAGACGGCAGCAUGGGCUCCGUCAGCUCCCCUCUUUUCAGCCCUUUCUCUGCCCCGAGCUUCGACAGCGCUGUCAGAGAGUUAGAGCCAGGCACUGCGCCCUUGUCAGCAUUACCCAGACCCGGAGAGGUUGGUUCUCAGGGUGAAGGACAGGACUCCUCUUCCUCGGGCACGCACUUUGACUUCACCUAUCCUCUGGACCAUCUCCAAGAGGAGGAGCCUGAAACAGACAGGAAUCCUGACGGAGGGACGCCACGGCCACUCAGAAGGAUGGAGCUGUUGAGCUCAGGCGAGGUUCAGAGUGAGGAUGAUCAGGCGUUUGAGGUGGAACCGGAGCAGGAUCCUCCUCACUGGCAGACGCUGGUGAGCACAGACGUCCUCGCCCUGCUGCCACCGCAUGAGAUCAAGAGACAGGAAGUGAUCAAUGAGUUGUUCUACACGGAGCGUGCUCACCUGCGCAUGCUGAAGGUCCUGGAUAACGUGUUCUACCAGAGGAUGACCCGAGAGGCCAUUCUGCCCCCUGCAGACAUCAAAAACAUCUUCACCAACCUGGAGGAGAUCGUCCAGCUACACGUGUCUAUAACGGAGCAAAUGACGGCCAUUCGGAAGAAGAACGAGACGGCGGUCGUAGACCUCAUAGGAGACGAUUUGCUGUCCUGGUUCAGCGGAACAGAAGAGGAGAAGAUCAAGCGGGCAGUGGGAACCUUCUGCAGCAACCAGCCCUUUGCUCUGGAGCUAAUAAAGAGCAAGCAGAAGAAGGAUCAGCGAUUUGCUGCCUUUGUGCAGGAGGCGGAGAGUAAUCGGCAGUGUCGAAGACUGCAGCUGAAGGACAUCAUUCCUGUGGAGAUGCAGAGACUCACCAAAUACCCGCUUCUGCUCGAAAACAUUGCGAAAUACACCGACGAUGCCGAGGAGAAAAGCAAAGUGAAACGAGCCUGCGAAUGCUGCCGUCAGAUCCUCAACCACGUCAAUGAGGAAGUAAAAGAGGCUGAAAACAAACAGAGAUUAGAGGACUACCAGAGAAGGCUGGAUCUCUCGUCACUGAAGCAGAGCGAGUACCCCAUGAUCGCGGAGUUUAAGAACCUCAACUUAACCGAACGGAAAAUGGUGCAUGAGGGCCCACUGUCCUGGAAAGUGAAUAAAGACAAGACUAUUGAGCUCUACACACUCCUGCUCGAGGACAUCUUGGUGCUGCUGCAGAGGCAGGAUGAGAAGCUGAUCCUGAAGUGCCACAGUAAGAACCUGGCAGGCACGGCCGAGACCAAACACAUCUUCAGUCCGAUCAUCAAGCUCAGCACCGUCCUGGUGCGCUCCGUAGCAACAGACAACAAGUCGUUCUUUGUGGUGUCCAUGUCCGAUUAUGGCGCGCAGAUCUACGAGCUGAUGGCACAGACCGUGUCCGAGCAGAAAACGUGGCAUGAUCUCAUCGGGCAAAGAGCAGAUUGUAUGAAGAGUCUGCCUCAGAACGAUGGGGAGCGGGAAGGCGAUGAUGAGAUGAGCUCUGGCAUGCCGAAAAUGAACAAAGAUCCAGAUCGCAUCUCCACCGGAAGCAUCCCGUCUCCAGAAAAAGAUGCUGCUUCCUGCUCCGAGAUCAUGCAGAUGCCUCCAGCAGGAAGGAACCCAUUUGACACCAAGUCAGAAGAUGAGGGAGAGGCAGAAGGAGAGGGUGAGAGUGAGCGCUCGCUGCAGGUUCAGGAUGAAGAAGAAGAAGAGGAGGAGGAGGAAGAGGAGGCCUUCCUGGACCCCGAGCUUGCAGACAGACUUCCGUUCUUGAAGCAGCGCACGAGGCACGCCAUCGCUGUAGAGGAGAAGGACUUUGAAACCUUUGACCUGCCUCCACUGAUGGCGGACGAAGCACUUCGAACCUUGGCUGCUCUGAGGCAGCUCCUGAUCAAUCACAUGGACGGUCAGGAGGACAGGGAGAGGGGGGAGGCUCGGCUGCGUGAGCCGAGGGCGGCGUCUCUGCAGGGCUCUGAGGAAAACCCCGCCCCCAGUGGCUCAGUGGAGAACGGCGCUGAGAGGACAGAGAACCGUCACGAGCUGCCCUCAGGAGAUACAGGCUUCUUUGAAACCUCAGAGGACUUUGUAGGUAGUUACAUGGUGCUGGAGGGUUACGGCGGUUCAGGUGAAAGCAGCACUGAUGAUGAUGGGCAGGUCUGCAGUACCGACCCUGCUGCAGCAGGAGACUCGGGCAUCGACCUGAAGAAGCUCCUGUCCUCCGCUUCGUCUCAAAGCAGAGGACCCAACUUCAGCAGGCAGGUCAUGACCCACUUGCGCCUGCUUCAGGCGAACCUGCAGCAGCUGAAGGACGUAGAAUCAAAAUAUAACCAACUAUGCCAAAGGCACUCAGAGCAAGCAGCUACUGAAUCAGAAGAAAACAAAGAUAAAAGCUAGUGUUCCUGGAGCUGUGGUUUCCUUCUGGAAGUAGGAGAGAGAGCGUUAACAGGAAGGUGCUGUGAUCCCACUGCUCGACUCUUGCACAUCUUAGCUGCCAGUCACUGGCAGUAAUGAAGACCGAGACCCCAAACACACACAGUACAGAAAAAAAAAAAAAACCCGUUCUUUUGCUGACUUUCCGAAGAAAGAGCAUGGGACGUUUAUUUAGACAUUCCGUCACGCUUAGCUGCUUCGGCUAUUUAUUUGGAGUUAUGAAGACUGAUUGAAGCAGCUCUAUGAAACUUGCAAGGAAAAGAGAACGAUGGCAUCAAGGAUAAACUAAAUCCUGGACGGGCUCUUCAGCUCUCACAUGGAAUCGACAAAAAUAAAGUGAUGCCAGACGUAGUUCUACAGGCCUUCGACCUCGACUGCAAUCGACUUAGGAAAUGUCCUUCAUAAGGACCAAUGCUACAUGAAGCCUAAUGGGUCGUUCCUGUCGCGUAUGGAUAUGAAUGUUAUGACUGCUGCGCACAUCUGCAUGAGGCCCCGUGGCCUUUAACUACACAUCAGACCACUAAACUACAGGAAGAACACGUGGCUCAUGCUGAAGCGUCAGCAAACACAAUCAGGUUCUUCUUCAUCUUCAGGUUUCUUAAACAGCUAAAAUAUGAGCUUCUCCGGUUAUAAGGGUAGAAAUCCUUUAAAUCUAACAUUGAUGCGAAGAAUCGCUCUUACUGCUGUUGGGGGAAAGCGAGUUGCCUGCAAACCUGAGACGAUGUUCCUGUGUCCUCACCACCACCAACAACCUCCGUCAUAACUUUAAGCUUUUUCCUCUUUUGUUGAAUGACGCUACUGAAGAUCUCUACGGUCCACUCCGAAGGACCAAGAGAAAGCUAUCACUACAACGCACUAUAUAUAUAUAUAUAUAUUCUUCUAUUGUACAAGCCAAACUCGAUGGGAAGUCUUACGGGAUGGUUAUAGCAUGGAUUUUCCUUUUAUCCGUAAUGUGGGAAUGAAGUUAAAGUUAAUGCAAGGACUUAUUAAAAAAGACCCCUGAAGGUCUAUAAGUGUAAAAUUAUGACCAACACUGCAUCUCUUACAGAGACCUAAAUUCCCUUGUCUCUCCCCCCAUCUGCUUUCUAUAUUAUGUCAUGUAUUUUAACAGACCGUACUAAAAAAACUCAAAGGAAAAAAAAAAAAAGACGACUGCAAGGUAUCCUUAAAUAUUAAUGUAAUCUGUACUUUUUUUAUUUUGGCUAAUGUUCAUGAGGUAUAUUUUAUUAUAUUAUUAUUGAGCACUAUUAAUGAUCUUUUAGCCUCAUGUGGAAAGAAAUGAAUAGUUCUAAUAGAUUCUAUUGCAUAAAUAAGACUGAACUGUUCAAAAUGGAAAGAAUUAUUACACACUGUCUCCAUUUUUUUUUUUUUUUUCCACCCACUGCAGAAGAAAGUGGUGAGUUUCUGGGUUUAUUAUUACCAAAAGGACAAUAUCGGAACCACUUCAAUAUGCUGCAGAUUUAUUCAAUAAACUGGAAACACGAAUGGUGAA